UUUUCACAUUUAUAUUUAAUAAUUAUUAGAAACAUCUAUAUAUUUUUGGAUAAGUAUUGGAACAUUAAAUGGUAGACAAGAACACGAUCCAUUCCCUGUUCCGUUGACUUUCAUCGACAUGGAGACGGCGGAGCUGGUUUUCUUGCCGUCGCUGGGAGUCGGUCACCUUGUCUCCACCCUCAAGUUCAUCACUCAGUUUCUCGAUCGCGACCACCGAUUCUCCGCCACCAUUCUCCUCAUGAAACCCCCAUUUGCCCUGACGCCGACGGCUGGAAACUCCGAUCCGCCGCCGCCUACCUCCACGCCGCGCAUUCGCUAUAUUCAUCUCCCCUGCCCCCCCGAUCCUCCUCCCAUUCAAAUCUUACACAAAUCCGUUGAGAAUUACUUCUCUCUCUAUGUUGAGAGCUAUAAAUCUUUGGUUAAAAACGCCAUUGUUGACCUUGCUGUGCCGGUUGCUGGCUUGGUUCUUGAUGUCUUCUGCACUUCCAUGAUCGAUGUCGGCGAUGAACUUGGCAUCAAUUCGUACAUCUUCCUCACUUCCGGCGCUGGAUUUCUCGGAUUGAUGUUUCAUCUCGAAGCCCGAGAUCGAUUAGUCGGUGUUGAAUUCGACAAAUCGGAAGCCGAUUCAAUCAUCCCCUGUUUCACCCACUCUGUUCCGAUGGGAUCUCUGCCUCAAUUUGCGUUUAACGGCGACGGCGGAUUCAGUUCCAUGGCGAAACAAGCUCGGAAAUUGAAGGAAUCUAAAGGAAUUAUCAUCAAUACCUUCGCCGAGCUUCAUCAACCCUCUGUUUGGAGUUCACUCUCUGAAGAUGGGAUCCCUCCGAUCUACACGGUGGGGCCGGUGCUCGACCUGGAAAGCGAAAACCGGCCAACCCCAGAUGAAAAACAGAGCAGGGAAAUCAAGGGUUGGCUUGAUAAUCAACCGCCGUCGUCGGUGGUGUUCUUGUGCUUCGGUAGUUGGGGAUGUUUCAGCCAACCCCAAGUCAUGGAAAUUGCAAAUGGGCUCGAGAGUAGCGGAGUCAGGUUCCUCUGGUCUCUGCGUAGCCCACCUCCGCCGCACAAGCAACUCGAGCCACCGUCUGAUUACGCCGAUGUCGACGACGUCUUGCCGGCGGGAUUCCAGGAAAGGGUUAAGGGGAAAGGGAGAGUAUGUGGGUGGGUUCGGCAAGUGGAUGUUUUAGCCCACAGAGCCAUUGGAGGGUUCGUUUCACACUGCGGAUGGAACUCCAUUUUGGAGAGCAUUUGGCACGCCGUGCCGCUCGCAGCUUGGCCGCAGUACGCCGAGCAGCAGAUAAACGCGUUCGAGCUGGUUAGAGAACUGGGUUUAGCGGUGGAGAUGAAGAUUGAUUACCAUAGGGACUGUGGAUAUCUGGUGAGUGCCGAUCAGAUCGAGAGAGCCGUUCGAUGCUUGAUCGACGGCGAUGAUGCAGAGGAGAUGAGGAAGAGAAUGAAAGAAGCUAGUGAGAAGAGUAGAGAAGCUCUUGUUCACGGUGGUUCUUCUUACACUUCAUUUGGGAAUCUCAUCGAUAACAUGAUGGCUAGUUUUGUUUAGCUCGAAUUUUAUCGUCGCCCUGAAAUUUCGGUGUUUUUAUAUAUGUUUUUCAUCUAAA